AACUUUAGAGGUUCUCAUGUAACGCCUCCAUCUUUAGCUCAACCCCCUCAGAGGCCAGGAAGCACAGAGGGUAUAAAAGAUCUGAGAUCAGCUCCACUCAGGCUUCAGACCUGCAUCACCUGCGAUAAUCUCACACUGCAUUUCAGUCCUAUUGCAAUGCUGUCCCGGACGCUGGUUGUUCCGUUGAUUUUUGCAUUAGUGGGUAUCUCUAUUUCUGCACCAAUAAACGAUGGAACAGAUAAUGAUGAGGCGGCUGCAGCCCUAGGGAACCUCAAUGCUCCUCCAACUCCACUCCCUGGAAAUGGAGACUCAGGAACUACAGAUGGAAAAGAUUCAGCAGAGAAUCAAGGAGGUCCCAAUGAUUCGUCUGACACCACUGAAAAACCAGAGGCUGAUGGUGCUCCUGACACAUCAGACACAAACAGUGACAAAAGCGUGGAUGAAGCCACCAGUGGCCCAGAUUCAUUAGACACGACAGAUACUGAUACUGACACAGAAAAAGACACAGACACAGAUACUAAUACAGAAACAGAUACAUCACAGCAGAAGACAAGUGAUUCAGAUGAGAACAAUGAGAAACCAUCAGCAGAGGACAGCAAAGAUGCAGAUCAUGCUGACACAGAUUCAAAAGAAAAGGAAUCUGCAGACACGGAAGAAAAGGCAGACACUGAUUCAGAUGGCUCAGACGGUGAUUCUGAUAGUGUGGAAAAGAAAGAUUCUGAUGACGCACAUGAUGAUGCAAAUAAAACCUCUACAGAAGAUACAAACGAUUCAUCUGACAAAGAUUCUUCAGACACAAAUGAGCAGCAGGACUCUGACGAUUCUGACAAAGACAAAACAGACAGAGACGCUGAUGAAAAGAGUGAUGAGAAAGACGACAAAGACGACAAAGACGACAAAGACACCAGCAAUGACUCCAGUAAAGACUCAGAAGACAAGGGUCAAGAAUCCUCUGAGACGCCAGAAAAAAGUGACAAAGACAGCGACUCAGACACUGAUGAGGUGAAAGUUUCAGAUGAUUCCAAAGACCAGGAUUCAGAAUCGAAAGACACCGACAGCACGGAGAAGAAAGAAAAAGACCAGGACUCCGACAGCGACCAAGACACGGCAGAUUCCCCUGAUGUAGCAGACGCCAAGGACAGCACUGAGGACAAAGACAAGGACAGCAGUGACCCGAAAGACACCGAAGAUGAUGGAGACAGUGAGAAGGACACCAAAGACAAGGAGGAGACCAAUAAGACGGGCAGCGACAGCAAUGAGGGAAAAGACAAAGAGGACGAAUCCAAACCACACAAACAGGACAAGGACGACGCCACCUCAAAAGAAGACGUCACAGCCAGUCAGUCUGACGAAAGUCCACUGGAGGAAAUGAAAGAAGACAAGCAGGAAGACAAACCUGAUUCUGACAGCUCCAGUCUGGACUCAAAUUUAGACUCUGACUCUGACAGCAAAGACAAAGAGCAGGACAAAGCAAAGAGCAGCACAGAGUCCACAGACACAGAAAGCUCUGAUAGCGACAGCAAGAGCGACACGGACAGCUCAGAAACAGGAGGGGAAGAUACUGAUGAAGACAAUGACUCCAGCGUAGAAAAGGAGAAACAAGAGUCUCCUGAAGGUGCAUCAGUAGAGACAAAUGACUCUGAUGCUGACUCCAGUGAUGACCAUGACAAUGACUCAACAGAUGCUACGACAUCAAACGAGGAAAACACUGGUGCAGACAGCCAUGAUGCAGCAGACGAUGAUGAUGACACUGAUGCCCAUGAUGAUAAAGUCGGGGUUAAAGAUGAAACAGACACUGCAUCUAAUACACACGAUGAACCAGAGCAUCUUGAUGACACAACACAAGGAUCAGAUGAUGGCAGCAAAACCCCUAUGCCAAGCUCCUAGCGACCAGGACUCUACAAAAACAUUGUAACAGAUUUUCCUGGAGAGACGUAAAAGAAUCACCUGAGACAGUCAAGAUAACCAGAGUUUCACAUCCCAUUAAAACACAUUGACACGUCCCUCAUGUCCUUUCUCUCUCUUUUUCUUUCUCAUAUGGUGAAGGUUCCUUUCUAAGGGUUCUGGGAUGCAGAUUAAAUUAUUCAGCUGUUUGCUGUACAUUCCAUUUUUUAACUUUGUCCUAAUUCUAGAACUUCUGUAUCGUUUGAUAUAUUAAUUUGACCAAUUUUAGAUGGAAAUGCAUGAUGAACAGUGAGGGUCUGGAAUUGCGUACCUCAUGCAUUCGUCUGUUUGCGUAGGGUCUAAAUAUAUUUCGUUUUGAGUGACACAUUAAACUUAGAGAGUAGAACUAACAGAAGGACUUUUGAGAAAGUUAAAAGAUUUGGGUCUGGUGAAAAUGUUCAUCUAUCAAACCUGCGAUGGCUCCAUUGGUUUGUCCACAUGGUGUCCCCAUCCUUGACACUGACAGAAAGACCGCAGCUGCUACGACGAGAACCUUCCCUCCUGCUCUCAAAUAAACGCCGACCUGAAAUGUCACAGAAUGAGAUACUUGCCCACGUAAAUGAUUUGAGACUGUACAGACAAUUUCUGAUAGAAUCUCUGAUGUCUAUGUCUCUGUGGAGGAUUACUAAUAAAUUAGCAAUGUAAGAGCACAGAUUGUUCUGAAAACUGUUAAAAAAUAAUUUUGUAUAGAUUUACAAGAAGUCAUUUUAAUAUGUACACAGGGAGCAAAUCUAAUAAAGACUGGGUUGUCAGAAAAUCAAA